AUGGAUACAAUUUUCCCUUUCUUCUUCGUUCUGAUUAUCUUAGCCACAUUCUUAUCAACCCAAGCAGCCCAGACAAACUCUAAGCUCUUUAGGGAGUACAUUGGAGCUGAGGGUAAAGGAGUCAAAUUCUCAGAUGUACCUGUUAAUCCCAAAGUUGAAUUUCAUUUCAUUCUAUCCUUUGCCAUUGAUUACACCUCGUCUGCCCAUCCUUCUCCAACCAAUGGACAAUUCAGUGCAUACUGGGACACAGAAAACCUUACCCCUUCCAACGUUUCCUCCCUUAAAGCUCGCCAUUCGAAUGUGAAAGUGGCUAUGAGUCUUGGAGGUGACACUAUAAACAAUCAACAUGUAUACUUCAAACCCAAGUCAAUCAACUCUUGGGUUACUAAUGCUAUUCAUUCCAUUAUGGAGAUAGCAAACAACUAUAAAUUAGAUGGAAUCGAUAUUGAUUAUGAACAUUUCAGUACAGAUCCAGAUACAUUUGCUGAAUGCAUUGGGCGACUUCUCUUCUACCUUAAAGGACAACGAAUUGUGUCAUUCGCAUCAAUAGCACCAUAUGACAAUGAUUCUGUACAGCCUUAUUACUUGGCUCUAUGGAAGAAAUACGGACACCUUAUAGACUAUGUCAACUUUCAGUUUUAUGCCUAUCCUAAAGGGACAACAAUUUCUCAGUUCUUGAAACACUUUGAAGAGCAGAAAUCUAAUUAUAGAGAUGGCAAGAUCUUAGUAAGCUUCGGAACAGAUGAUAGUGGGGGCUUGUCUCCUCAAAAUGGAUUCUUUAGCGCUUGCCGAAAUCUUAGACAAGCCAAUAAGCUUCAUGGCAUAUUUAUAUGGUCAGCCGACGACUCUAAGAAGACUGGGUUUCCUUAUGAAAAGCAGUCACAGUCCUUUUUGGCCAAUGCAAAAUGA